AUGUCCGAACAAUCUAAGCUACCAGAUCCAGCGGUGAAUACAGAAGUACUCGAGGAAACAACCCAAUCAGAAGAUAUCAACAACGAUGAAGAGCAACCUGAACAGGCUGGCGAGAGCGCGGAGGAUGCAGCUGACGGCGCCAAAGCCAAAAAGAAGCAGUCGAAGAAGGCGAGGUUAAAGAAGGCCUUGACGAAGCAAGAUGAGAGUAAAGAUGCAUCAGGCAGCUCCUUCAAUCCUUCGACUAAGCUCACGACUGAAAUGGUUGAGCAAUUGCUGGAAAUGAACCCCUCGUUGAAGGCGGAAGUUGCGGGCAUGCCGAAGGAGAAGGCAGCAGACAAGCUGAAAAAUCUGGAUGUGGCAUCACUGCUCACUGGACUGUCCGUGAGUGGCAAGAAUCAGAAAGACAUGGCGUCGUACAAGUUUUGGCAGACACAACCAGUGCCCCGGUUUGAUGAGACGGCACAAAGCGACGAGGGUCCAAUAAAAAGGAUUGAUCCAGACAAGGUUCCCAAAGAUCCAGCGCCUAUGCUCGAAGGGUUCGAGUGGGUCACAAUGGACCUGUUGGAUGAGAAGCAAAAUGAAGAGGUCUAUCAGCUUCUUACGGGACAUUACGUAGAGGAUGAUGACGCCCAAUUCCGGUUCAAUUAUUCGACAUCUUUCUUCAAUUGGGCACUUAAAUCGCCAGGCUGGCGAAAGGAGUGGCAUGUAGGUGUCAGAGCCACUAAGUCGCAAAAGCUGGUGGCUUUCAUUUCAGGAGUUCCAAUGCAGCUCCGCGUCCGCAAGAACGUCCUCAACACCAUAGAAAUCAAUUUUCUUUGUGUACAUAAGAAGCUCCGCUCAAAGCGACUUGCCCCAGUCUUGAUACAGGAGAUCACUCGAAGAUGUUAUGUUCUUGGUAUCUUUCAGGCCAUUUACACCGCGGGCGUCGUACUACCGAAACCUGUCAGCUCAUGUCGAUAUUACCAUCGAAGCUUGGACUGGCUCAAACUCAACGAGGUUGGCUUUUCAGGGCUUCCGACGGGAUCCACGAAAGCACGACAGAUUACACGCUAUCAUCUUCCAAGCGCGACGUCAACCCCAGGACUACGCGGCAUGCAAGCGAAAGACGUCUCGGGCGUCAGGGAUCUACUCCAACGAUACCUCAGCCGUUUUGAAAUGGCACCCAAUUUCGACGAGGACGAGAUCUCGCAUUGGAUGCUUCAUGAUGGGAAAUCGGCGGAGCAAGUGGUAUGGUCGUUCGUGGUCGACGACCCGAAAACGAAGAAGAUCACGGACUUCGUUUCGUUUUACAUUUUGGAGUCUCAAGUAAUCAAUAACACCAAACACGACACUGUUCGGGCCGCAUAUUUGUACUAUUAUGCAACGGAAACAGCAUUCGAGAAAGAAGAACAAGGCUUGAAAGAACGGCUGAACCUGCUAAUGAAUGAUGCACUCGUAUUAGCUAAGAAGUUCAACUUUGACGUAUUCAACGCACUGACAUUACUGGACAAUCCGUUGUUCCUCGAACAACAAAAGUUCGGCGCAGGUGACGGGCAAUUACAUUAUUAUCUCUUCAACUACCGGACACCUCCAAUUGCCAGCGGCGUAAAUGCUGGCAACGCUGCAGAUCCAUCAAAACGAGGUGGUGUUGGCGUAGUCAUGGCUUACAUGUAG